AAUCUUUCUGCUCCACGGUGUCUAUCGAACAAAAUGAUUACUAAAGCCGGGCUGAUUGUCUUGAUGCUGCUGCUCACCAGUGGAGGCUCAAAGGAGAAGUUGAAGCUAAACCACAGGAAUAUUUUAUAAACUGUUUCUGUUCAUCAGGACCUCAACUGACUGUUAUCGGGUUCUUCUUCUGACACUGGAACAGUUUAUUUGUGGGAAUUACACUCCGCUCGGGGUGACUAAUGACCGAUUAACAAAAGUGCAGAGAUGUUAGAGCAGCGACACGACAGGCAGCAUACUGUAAGUCAUGCAUAAGGACAUUCCCCACUGAUGACAGUGAUGGAGAAUGAGACGUGGCCGCACCCCUCAUACAUCCCCCAUUAUCUCCUCCGUGGUGACCCUUUCGCCUCAAGACUCUCCAGAGAGGCAGAUAUUGUUGCAGCUUUUUACAUCUGUGUCAUAGGAAUCAUGUCUGCAACAGGGAAUGGCUAUGUCAUUUAUAUGACCAUCAAACGCAAGACCAAGUUGAAGCCUCCUGAGCUCAUGACUGUUAAUCUAGCCAUCUUCGAUUUUGGCAUAUCAGUGACAGGAAAGCCCUUUUUCGUUGUAUCUAGUUUCUCCCACCGCUGGUUGUUCGGCUGGGAGGGUUGUCGUUUCUACGGCUGGGCAGGCUUCUUCUUUGGUUGCGGGAGCCUCAUCACGAUGACUGUGGUGAGUCUGGACCGGUACCUCAAGAUCUGCCAUCUCACAUACGGCACAUGGCUAAAACGCCACCAUGCCUUCCUGUGCCUGGCCUUUGUGUGGGUGUAUGCAGCUUUCUGGGCCACCAUGCCCUUGAUUGGCUGGGGAAACUACGCCCCGGAGCCCUUCGGGACUUCCUGUACAUUGGACUGGUGGCUGGCACAGGCCUCCGUGUCCGGCCAGAGCUUCGUCAUGGCCAUCCUGUUCUUCUGUCUCGUCUUCCCCACAGGCAUCAUCGUCUUCUCCUACGUCAUGAUUAUCUUCAAGGUCAAGUCCUCUGCAAAGGAGAUUUCACACUUUGAUGCCCGCAUCAGAAACAGCCAUAACCUUGAGAUGAAACUUACAAAGGUUGCAAUGCUGAUCUGUGCAGGCUUCUUGAUAGCCUGGAUCCCUUAUGCAGUGGUGUCUGUGGUGUCAGCGUUUGGUGAGCCAGACUCGGUGCCUAUCCCUGUGUCUGUCAUUCCCACGCUGCUGGCCAAGUCCUCAGCCAUGUACAACCCCAUCAUCUACCAGGUUGUGAACCUGAAUAAUUCCUGCGCGAAAUCCUCCUGUUUUAAGGUCCUGAAGAAACGCUGGCAUUUUAGAAAGUCAAGGUUCUACACCAUCUCUGGUUCAUUAAGGGACACUCCACCAGCCAAAGAAGCUCAUAUUGAGAUGUGAGACAGACACUUAUGGACAGACCACACAGCGUACCUGAGCAGAGCAUGUGCAUCGUGCAACUUCUUGCUUUUCAUUUCGACGCCCAUAUUAACAGGUUGCAGCAGCCACACAGCCCACGUGAGCAGCACAGCUGCUGUGACGCUUCAUCUAGAGAGUUGGCGUCUCGCCUAUUUUUGCGUGAAUACGGCUCGACUCAGGGUUGAAAACUUGAAGUUUCCAACCAAAGUCAAGUCACAUCUGGAGCUAUAACUUUUUGUGAAUCCAAAUCUUGCAAAAGUAAAAUUGCUACAAAAAUUUCAAAUGUUAAAUUUAUUUUCAAAAAUGUUUCUAAACCUGAACUGCAAAUUAAAACAGAAAAAUAAUCAGUCUGAUAUGAGCUAUGUCAAAUCAGGGUUGGGUGUAACUGUCAAGCUUAAAGUUGUAUUUUUACUGUUUGUA